CACCAAACCAAACUCUUCUUUUCUCCAAUCCAUCAAAAAGUCAAAGUCGAGAAAGAAAGAAAGUUUCAUGGUGGUGAUGUCGAACAAGUUCUUCGAAUCGAUCGGCGGAGCUCCGGCUUACUCCACGGUAGCCGUCGCCGUCAAAGGAACCGUAGGCGGAGACGCAGUAGGAGGAGCUGCUAGCCGUCGCGCUCUCCGCUGGACCGUGGAGAAUCUCCUCCCCAACGUCGAUCGGUUGGUUCUGGUUCACGUCAUGCCUACCGUCACCACUAUCCCGUCUCCUUCUGGAUCGAAGAUUCGGGUGGAGGAGUUGGAGGAGAGUGUGGUGUCGAUGUAUAAGCGAGAUCUGAGGAAGGAGUACGAGCAGGUCUUCGUGCCGUUCAAGAGACUCUGCGGUUCUAGUAAAGUUGAGACGUUGUUGUUGGAAGAUGUUGAUCCCGGGAAGGCGCUUUUGAAGCACGUGUCAGAUAGUGAGGUUGAGUGUUUAGUGCUUGGCUCUUGCUCUUCUAGUUUCCUCACAAGGAGAAAAGGACAAGAAAUGCCAUUAACAGUACUACGAGAAGCUCCGGAGACAUGUGAGAUAUAUGUUAUCUGCAAAGAUAGAAUAUUAACCAAAUCAACCAAUCAUUUAUCUCCAGAUUCAUCAUCUAGUUUCCGUAUACCCCAAGGAGCAGAAGUUUAUACCGAAACUUUCAGCCGCACACGCUCAGCUAAGACAGGCCUGUCUGCUUCAUCCAUAUCAUCCUCAGGCAGGAACCACACUCGAAGGCCUGCCUCUUUGCCGCAUAGUAAACCAGUCUCUCGAGUGUUCUCUGAUGCACAAUCUUCCACUGACCUCGGUUUGGUCGACGACGAACACACCCGUUCUGUUAUUAGACAUAGCAUUGUCUCCGGUAGUAAAAUGCAGUUGAAUCCUGGAGCUAACAUAAAACCACCAAAGACAGAUGUUAAGUCUGAAGUAGCGCAGCUAAGGAAAGAAGUAGAAACCACUCUUUCCAUGUACAAACAAGCUUGUGAAGAGCUAGUUCAUAAACAAACACAGGUGCAGUCUCUUUCCUCUGAGUGUAUUAAAGAAACGAGAAGGGUCAUAACUGCUCUUGAAAAGGAAGAAAUGCUGAGAAAAGCAGCAGCGGAAGAGAAAGAAAAGCAUCUAAAAGCCGUUAAAGAAGUCCAAGAAGCAAAAUCAAUGCUAGCCAAAGAGUUCUGCGAGAGGCAACUAGCCGAGCUCAGCGCUCUCAAGCAGUCCAUAGAGAAACAAAAAGUCAUCGACCAGCUCUUCUUGAAAGACGGGCGGUACAGAAAGUACACAAAGGAAGAGAUAGCUGCAGCUACAGAUAACUUCUCUUCCCGUAAAAUAAUCGGUGAAGGAGGAUACGGAAAAGUAUACAAAUGCAGCCUCGACCACACCCCGGUGGCUCUUAAAGUUCUCAAACCCGAUUCACUAGAGAAGAAAGAAGAGUUUCUAAAAGAGAUCUCUGUCUUAAGCCAGCUUCGACAUCCUCACGUUGUCCUUCUCCUCGGUGCUUGUCCUGACAACGGUUGCCUCGUCUAUGAGUACAUGGAGAACGGUAGCUUAGACGCUCACAUCUCUCCCAAAAAAGGGAAACCAUCUCUCUCAUGGUUCAUAAGAUUCAGAAUCAUAUACGAAACCGCAUGCGGCUUAGCUUUCCUCCACAACUCCAAACCCGACCCAAUCGUCCACCGCGACCUCAAGCCAGGAAACAUUCUCUUAGACAGAAACUUCGUCAGCAAAAUAGGCGACGUCGGACUCGCCAAACUCAUGUCAGAAGAGGCGCCAGACAGCGUCACGGUUUACAGAAACUCCAUCAUCGCCGGUACACUCUACUACAUGGACCCCGAGUACCAGAGAACCGGGAUCAUCAGACCGAAGUCGGAUCUCUACGCGUUCGGUAUCAUAAUCCUCCAGCUUUUGACCGCCAGACAUCCCAACGGUCUUCUUUUCUGCGUCGAGGACGCGGUGAAGAGAGGCUGUUUCGGAGAUAUGUUGGAUGGAUCGGUCAGAGACUGGCCCAUGGCGGAAGCGGAAGAGCUGGCUCGUAUCGCGAUCAAGUGUUCGCAGCUCAAGUGCAGAGACAGACCGGAUCUCGACACGCAAGUCUUGCCUGCUCUCAAACGGAUUCUUGAAUCUGCGAAUGAGAGACUCAAGACAGAACAAGAUAACGUACGACCACCAAGUCACUAUUUCUGUCCGAUUCUUAAGGAGAUAAUGGAAGAUCCAUAUAUAGCAGCUGAUGGAUUCACGUACGAAGGAAAAGCGAUAAGAGCUUGGAUUCAACAUAACCAAAACGUGUCUCCUGUGACUAAGCACCGGCUCAAGCAUUGCGAUCUCACACCAAACCAUACUCUCAAAUCGGCUAUACAAGAGUGGAGAUCUCGUUCACGCUUAGACCUCUCCACUACUCUUGGCUCCUUUUGAUCACAAACAUAUAUAUAUAUAAUAGUCUAAUUUGUAUAUAUACUAAAUACCCUGAACUUGUUUGAAUCGUGUGGUUCAUCAUCAUGUCUGUCUGUAACUCUUCAACCAGCUUAUGUUCUCUUGUGUUGUGGUAAAGGAAAAAAAGAAAAAAAAGUAAACUAUAUUUACAAGUUA